GUCUCUCCACAGCCCUACCCCAUGUGGUCGUGUCUGAGUGACGAACAUGAGGAGGUCGUGUGCCUAGAAGAUGAGGGCUAUCCGGGCCAGCUGUCUUCGGGUAGCUCCCAGUCACAUUCCUUGACAGAGGCGGCUGCGAGAGAUCCCUCAAGGGAGGAGCUCAUGCAGCUCGUUAUGGCGCAGCAGCGAGAAAUCCAUGACCUGCAGGAGAGGCUGCGACGGCCGCUCCCGGAUAGGCAUCAGCAGCCGUGGUCUCAACAUCAGAG